GUGACGCCAAAUGUGUGAGACCUUUAAACGCAAGCAGGAAUAUACGUCGAUAUAAAUAAUGCGUUCAGUUAUUCAUACUGCCACGAGGGUUUCUGCUGCCUUCUUCUCUUCACAGUCCUCGCGGGAAAGCACGUCUUUAUUUUCAGUCGCUACCUUUCAUUUGAGAAGAAUGUCGCAUUACCUUACAGAGCUGAGAGGGCGAGCAAACUCCGCCGACUACAGGGUUUACUUAAAAACCUCUGACGGAAAGUACAUAUCCCCUUUCCAUGACAUUCCUCUGUAUGUUGUUGCUGAUGAACAGGAAUGUGGUGUUCCAGCAAAGAAGUUUAAAACAAAUGAGAUAUUGUUUAAUAUGGUUGUAGAAGUACCUCGUUGGUCAAAUGCCAAGAUGGAGAUCGCAACAAAGGAACCGCUGAACCCGAUCAAGCAAGAUGUGAAGAAGGGCAAACUGCGAUAUGUUGCUAACAUUUUUCCAAACAAAGGUUACAUUUGGAACUAUGGUGCACUUCCCCAGACAUGGGAAGAUCCCGGCCACACUGACAAGGACACCAUGUGCUGUGGAGAUAAUGACCCAAUAGACGUGUGUGAGAUCGGAUCCAAGGUGUGUGUAACUGGGCAGGUGAUUCAGGUUAAAGUUCUUGGAAUUCUGGCUUUAAUAGAUGAAGGAGAGACUGACUGGAAGCUAAUAGCCAUCAAUAUAGAGGACCCUGAUGCGUCAAGCCUUAACAGUAUUGAGGAUGUCAGAAAGAUUAAACCUGGUCACCUUGAGGCUACUGUGGAUUGGUUUAAAAAAUAUAAAGUUACAGAUGGGAAGCCUGAGAACCAGUUUGCAUUCAAUGGACAGUUCAAGGAUAAGGACUUUGCUAUAGAAGUCAUAAAAUCAACACACAGCUACUGGAAAGCAUUAGUGAUGAGAAAAAAGAUGAAAGGCGAUGAGAUUGUUUGUCAAAACACUUCCUUAUGUGAGAGCCCAUUCAAAUGCAGCGAUGCAGAGGCCUGUACUGUAGUUGAAGCUGCCGCAGAAUAUGGGGAACCACUCCCAGUACCGUCUGAAGUGGACAAAUGGCACUUCUUCACAAAGUGAAAGAUCAUUAGACCCUCUGCAGUGUGAUCUCAGAAUAAGGUAGAAAAGGCCAGAAGAUGCCUUUUACAUGUUCCUGGUGCAAAGUUUUGUUUUAUUAAUGUUUACAAACAUUGUUAUAUUUAUUAGAACAAGACACACACACACACACACACACACACAGACGCAUCUCUCAUUCAUUUGGUAAAAUGGCCAAAUUAUUUUUGCAGUUACUUUGGUAUACCUGUUUCUGUACUUUAAAAUGCAUGUGUUUCAGUGCAAAAACAUGCAUUUUAAGUAAUGUGUGUGUUUUGUUUCUUUUUUUCUUUUUUUUUCCUGUUCAUACACCUAUUAUGGCAAGUAAUUUAGGAGCAAGUAAGCACAUUAAAGCUUGUGUACAAGUUUAAACUUUUUGUAAUUUUUGAAAACUUUGUUUGUAAUUAUCAAAAUUUAAAAAAACAAUAUAAAUUGGGUAUUAGUACAAAAAGAGUUUGUCUUAUAUAUAUAUAUAUAUAAUAUAUAUAUAUAUAUAUAUAUAUAUAUCUCUCUUGAAACAUCAUGUUUGAAUUGUGACCUAAUUAAAAAACCAAAGCUUCAUUAAAUUAAUGCACUAAAGAAGAAAUUGUUUUAAAUGUAUUCUAAUUUAAGUUCUUUCAGUUAUUGUAAAAAUUAUUCACACCCUCACACUUCAUUGUGUUGUUCUUUAUUAGUAAUCUAAAAUCAAAGUGUUGUAAAGAGGGAAAAAAAAAAAAAAAAAUCACUCUCAAGGGUCAAAUACUUUUGUAAGCACUGUUUGUAACUGUACCAUUGCAAAUUAUAAAUAAAAUCAUGUUCUGUUUGGUUUA